AUGACCGCUGGACCUUUUAAACCCUUUCGACAGUGGAGUCAUAGAUUUUGUGAGAAUACCCACCACAAAUCAAAUACACUGAAGAAGGUUUCAUUCCAUGCUAUUCAAUGGCAACACGGUGACUUGUGUGGUUGUCAGCGGCCAUUUUUUGAGGGUGCAACGUUGCCAGCUCUACAAAUAAUUCUGAGAUUGCUAUACUUUUAUAUAUAG